AUGAAACCAUCCAAUUUCAAACUCAUUGUCUCUACUCUACGUAAUACCAUUGAAGAAUACCUUAUUGAACCUUCCAAACUUGAAAAGUUUCAAACUGGCAAUCUUCAAUCAACAACGACGACGAGCACCACUCACAAUACUCUGAAUUAUGGAGGUAUUACAUGUAUUCAAAGUAUUGAAAGACAAGGACAUGGCACACCUGUUCGUUCCAUUGUCAUUUCACCUGAUGAUCCAACUCUAUGUCUAUCUUUAUCCUCUAAGGAAUGCCAUAUUUGGAAUUUAGAGAAUUCUAAAUGUAUCAAAACAUUGAAUGAUGUUGAACAUGGAUUAUGUGCUCUAUGGAUACCUUCGACCAAUCAUCGCUAUUGUUUGAUUGGUACUAAAAAAGGAAAUAUUCAAAUUUACGAUGUGAAUCUCUCGGAAUGUAUUGAAAAUAUUCAAGCACAUUCAGCAAGUAUUUAUAGUUUGCAAUUUAUUCCUCCAUCACACGAUCAUGAUGGUGGUAUUAUUAGUGCAAGUAGUGAUAAGACUGUAAAAUUCUGGGAAUUUGAACAAGUAUCAAGUAGUAACCUCGUUUCAAAGCAUCUCUCUCUUUCGAUCAAAAAUGUAUUAGAAAUGAAUGAAGAAAUUAUUGCCAUGACCAUUUCCAAGAAUGGAAAAUACUUGGCACUCUCUCUAUUAGACAAUACGGUCAAAAUAUUCUACUUGGAUACCAUGAAAUUCUUUUUAUCCUUAUAUGGUCAUAAACUACCGAUCAAAUGUUUAGAUAUUAGUAGUGAUGAACAAUUAAUAGUAACAGGAAGUGAUGAUAAGAAUAUCAAAAUAUGGGGAUUAGAUUUUGGUGAUUGUCAUCGAUCAUUAUUGGCACAUGAACAAGGAAUUAGUGCCAUUAAAUUCAUUCCAGACACUCAUUACUUUUUUAGUGUUUCCAAAGAUGGAAAUGUCAAGUAUUGGGAUGGUGAUAAAUUUGAAUUAAUUCAAGUGGUUACUUGUCAAUACAUUUCAAAAUCACCCUUAUGGUGUAUGGAUGUGAGUUGUGAUGGUUUGAGAAUGGUUGUAUCAGGACAUGAAAGAGCUCUCUUCAUUUAUAGACAAUCUCAAGAAGAUUUACUAUUUUUAGAAGAAGAGAAGGAGAAGAGAUUUGAAGAAGAACAAUUAGAAAAAGAUUUACCACACUCUCAACAAUUUAAAGAUUUAUCAUUACCAGGAAUGGAAGUCACUCAUGCUGGACAACGAAGUAUGGAAACGAUACGAGAUGGAGAAAAAUUAAUGGAAAAUUUAGAUAUUGCAAUUAAUGAAGAAAUUGAAAUGAAUGAAGAUGGUUCAUCGGAAUCUACCAAUCCACUCUUACUUGGUCUAUCCAUUCAAGACUAUGUAUGGAAAUGUUUAACACGUAUUGCUCGAUCGGAUUUGGAUAUGGUACUUUCAAUUAUUCAUUUUUCUCAUGCAUAUUUCAUUUUGAAACAAUUAGACAAGUUAAUGAAAAAGAAAUCAGUAGAUGUUGAAUUGAGUACACGAAUCAUUUUAUUAUUGAUUCAUAUUCAUUACAAACAAUUGGUUCAAAGUCAAUCCGAUCAAGAUACUUUUGAUUUGAUGCAAUCGUUGCAUGAACAUGUGAAGAGUGCAUUACGAGAACAAUCUCAACGAAUUGGAUUCAAUAUUGCUGCAUUGAAUUUUAUUAAGAAUCGAAUGAAGAACGAACAAGACUUGUAUGAUUUUACCAAACAAGCCAAUGUGAAUGAUAUUGUCAAGUCCUAUCGAGAGAAACAACGUGAAAAGAGAAGAAUUGCCAAACAUGAACAAGAAAGUAACAAGAAGAAAAAGGUUCACAAGAGAAUGAGCAAAUUCAAGGGUCUAUUGGAAAGCAUGAUUGAAAAGAUGGACAAUGAUCCAACCAAACAAGUGAUCUUUGAGAGUAACGAUCCAACACUCAAGCAAAAAGAAGGAUCCCUCAAGAGAAAACUCAAAGAUUUGGAAGAAAAGAAAACGAAAAAGCUGAAAGAAAUGAUUUACGAUCCCAAUGAAGAAGAGGAGGCAGACGAUGAUGAUGAUGAUUUGAUGAAUGAACUUGCAAGUUGGGAUUAA